CACCAGGGGACUGACUGCUGCAUAUCAGCUGUCACCCGGUGUGUAAAUUUUGUGUGUUUACUUGGCAUUGUUUAUUGAAAAUUGAUAUUUUUGUGCCAGAUUGUGUGAAGUGAUUAUUAGAGACAAUGCCUAAAACUAUUCCCGACAGAUGGCUAGAUUAUAAGCCAAUUGGUAAACAAAUCAAAGGAACACGCUUUAUAGCAUUCAAAGUUCCUCUGAAACCGGGAGUAAACGAAAAAAUUGAAAAUGUCGAAUCCCGAUUACAGAUAUCACAGCUACUGGAGCAAGUUCCUAAUUUGGGACUGGUAAUUGAUCUAACUUUUACGACGAAAUAUUAUAAUCCAACUAACUUUAUCUCUGAAGGUGUUAAACAUAUUAAGUUGAUGAUCCCUGGCCAUAUGGUGCCUGAAAAACGCUACGUUCAGCAAUUCGCAAACCAUGUCGACGAAUUUCUAAAUAAUACCGAGAAUGAUGGUAAACUGAUAGGAGUUCAUUGUACACAUGGACUGAAUCGAACUGGCUACCUCAUAUGCCACUAUAUGAUAUCUGUUUUGAAAAUUCAUCCAGAAACGGCAAUAGAGGAUUUUGAGGAAGCUCGUGGACAUAAAAUCGAACGUGACAAUUAUCGCAGCUCGCUCAUAUCCCUUAAUAGGGGAAACCAAUCAGCAGUAAAUGAAGGUGACGGGAUGGAUCACUAUCAUGGGUCAUAUGAGCCUAAUAGACGAUACAACGGCCAAUUUGGACGAUCUUCAAACCGUUAUGGUGAAGGAAAUCAAAAUAACGAGCACUCUCGACCCACAAGCUGGCGAAAACCGGCGCCUUCUUCAGGAAAUUCCACCCAGAGUUGGCGCCCUCACGGGAGUCAAAGAAUAGCUUACAAUUCUGAAGUACCAGAUUAUUCGGCGGCACCUGAUAGGCAAUUUUUUAACAUGAAUUCAAAUGAACCAUCUUGGAUGGGGUCAGCUGUAUCACAUCACGUCCCAGGAGAGGCUAGUGCGACUAGUGCUUAUUCAAGACGAGGUGGGAGGAGCCACAACAACAGAAACUCCAGAACUUUUCACAAUUCUCGCCAACGUGGAGGUAAUCGUAACUUUCACAAUAACAGUUACGGCGCUGAGGGGCCACAGGAUGGCAAUCCUUCUAGGCUAGAUCUCCUUCCUUCUAAUGAUUUUUCGUCGAGCUACUCCGUGAUGGGCCAGUUGUACAACGAAGACAAUCCUAGCAAUCGAUAUUGUUGGAGGAGACCUCAAUGAAUCAUAACUAGUUCAAUUGAAUUCGUAAUUUUUUUUAUUUAUGGUGUAAAGUGUAAACUUUUCUAUGAAGAAUUUAUUGACUCGAUUAAAAGCUUUA